GAAGUAUAUUGACGGUGAGCCCCUUUCAGGGCGACGUGCUCAGUCUGGUGAAGUUCUCUGCCGCCCAACACCCUUUGUUGAUGGAUGCCAGUGCAUUCGCAAGGCGCGGCCUCAGAGUGCACAUUUGGCUUUUCAAGUUCCCGGCUUCCAUUGCCAGCCGUCCCGAUGUUGUCCCGGGAGCUGUGAAUGUUCUGCCCUGCCGAUCUCGCCGUCGAUUCCCCCCCAUCAAACGGAAGAAUCAGAUUCUCCUCAACGAUCCAGCCGCGCGGUACCUGAUGUGUUGAGGGAAGGGCGCCGUCUAUCGGAAUGAUCUUAACAAGAGACAUUAUCGUUGAUGCCUGCAGAAGUGAAGAGAGAUUCAUUCGGCCUAUUCAUCGCCGUGACAAUAGGUUCACCCGCCAACGCCCUUUCUGGGGCGUUGAUAUAUUGCCCAAGGCAGCCAGGGUAUGAAAACAAAAACACAAUAUUCAAUCGCAUUCAAACACUUCAGAAAAACCGAUCUGGAUCUGUCUUUGAUGAAAUAUCUCACGAGCAUUAUGAUUUGAUCUUGACAAUCACAAGAAGCAUCGUUCCUCGCAGUUGAGCAGCAUCCCGACAUUCCCUCAGGUGUAACACGAAGUUUCUUACAACUACCUGCAACUACUUCAUACUCCAAGGUUCAAUACGGGGGGGUUGAAUAACCGUCCUUUUGUCCUCUCACUUCUUGAUAGUGUUGUCAAGGCACAUCCUCUAGGACAAAAAGGACAUACACACACAGUCAAGUGUCUAGUGUCUCGAACGGUAGAUAUUUCCUUCGCCUCCUCAUUAUUUCCUACCUUCAAGACUCUCCCCAUAUCUCCUCCGCUGAAGCUUCGACCAAGACUCAAAUUAGAGUUGGAAGCCAUCGCCGCUCACAAUGCCAGGUCUACUCAUCAUGGAGCCCAGCUGCAGUCGAAUGACCACCAAGCCAUCCCAGCAGAGUACUGAUGCCCAAAUACACAUGGACAAUGGUAAUCAACAAGCCCACGCAGACUCUCAAAUGCAACUUAUGGUUAUGCCAUCCCAUACCGCUUCGAAGACAUGGAAGAGCCAUCACAUCCUUGAAAAGGAAGAAUAUGAGCGUGUUCGUCAACGUGUCCGUCAUAUUGCACCCGAGCACUUCAAGCAACAGGCAAGACCAAAUGGUGACCCAUCCACCAUCUUUCCUCAGAAUGGUAGCGAGUGGACGCAGCACAAAGCUGAGAUCACAGCUCUUGCUGCAGAGGACCGGGAGAAGAACGCGAGAAUCUUAAGAGAUCAACUCUCGGCGUGGAAACACAUACCCAAGGGUCAACGAAAGAUUGUCUCGAAAUUCGGUGAACAAGGGAAGAUCUUCACAGAUGGUAUGAGUCCUGUGCUUGCGGUACCUACAAUUUGGUCUGCCGAAUAUGCGGGCAUCGUCGCCGACUGGCCACUACCAGCAGAAUUGAAAUGGAAUGGUGACAAUCGGGAAAGCAAGUUGGCACGAACCAAGGUCGGAAGAUUCCUGCCACCGCCUCGCGCGCCAUCUCAAUCUACCGUCGCAUGGCACGAUCAAUCGUUCCUAAUUCCAGUGCCUCUUGACCAGACCGGUCCGGUGUACACUAGCGGCCCAUCCCCCUCUGAAGUGUACGUCAACAACGUCAACAUGGAUGAGGAUCCGGCGUUUGAGGAGAAAGGUCAGGUCUAUCUUCAUCUUGCCGACCUUGGGAAUGACCUGGCACAAAAGAAGACCGCAGAGAAUCAGCCUGGCUUGAUGAUCGUGAAAGAAGAUGACUGCGAGCAACAGGCAAUGAGUGACAUCUUCAGCCAAUGUGAAGGAGUGACACCAAUGAUGGAGUCAGUUGAGGUCGGCAUACAUCUGAAAGGUGACGGUUAUACUGAGCCCUUGGAUCUUGAGGAGUUUCCGCCACUGGGCACCAGUCGCUACGGAGCCAAGCCCAGAAUGUGAACGAAACAUGGGCACGACGAUGCCUCAUCGGUGUUUUUUCAAACUGCGAGAAGACAGCUACUAUGCCCACUUGGAUAUCAGGAAGCAUUAGCCGGAUCUAGAAGCCUCCAAGGCCAGGCACGAUGCAGUCACCAAAUCAAUCUGACAGGGACUCAAAUGUCUUACCUUGACAACAUUCCAACCUCAAGUGCUUACCCUCACCCCAGACGCUGAGCUCAACAAAUCAAGACCAGACUUUGGAACUAGGGCUCUGGACUGUGGGGUUUUGUGGUUUGUAAGGAUAGAAGAUUGAGUUGGAUCCUGAUCUGAGGCGGGAGAAGAAGAAGAGACUGGAGAAGAGCUGAAGAGGAAGUGCUGCAUCCAAUACUAGGUAUGGUGCACUGAAAUGUGUGAAGAAACUAAAGCGCACCAGCCCCGCGCGUCCAUCCAGAGCUGAUAGAGCUCUUGAAACCUU